GUCUUGCCAUGCGAAGAAUGUCUUUUGUACAAGUUUGAAGUUGUAAAACAUUUCGACAUUUUCAUUCAUUGUCUUCUCCGUGAUGGAUUCAUUUACACACUAUAUGGAAAAAAUAAAAUCUACUAAGAACAAUGAUAUGGCUGAAAAGAUCCUGAAAGCAAUAUUAUAUAGUUGUGAAAGUGCUAAUAAGAAUCUAGAAAAUUCAAAGGAAUAUAAAAAGCUACUAGAAGAGAAUAAAUUCCUACCAUCUAACGAUAUAUUCAAUGCACUAUGUUUAUCUUUAACAAAAUUAUUGACAUAUAAGGUAUCAAAGGAGGCAUAUCAACGUUAUACUGUGAGACUUCAUGUAAUCGAAGUUCUACGAGAAUGGUGUAAAAUCAAUGACAAUUUUCAAAAUUUCAAAGUACUCAGAGAUGAAAAGCAAAGCUUAACGUUAUUGAAAAGCUUGUUGAAGAAAUAUUUAACAGAUGAUACCUUGGACAGCUGUGACUCAAGCGAUAAUCUAUUAUCCUUAAUCAGUGCUUUAAUAUGCCUGGCAUCCACAGAUUCAUACUAUAAGUGUUACAUAGAAAAGUCGAUACUAAAACUAGCAGAAUUAGAAACCUGCGAUGAAAGUGAAUAUUUGUUAUGUUAUGCUGUACAAGAAAAUUCCAGUUUAGACCUCAAACUUUCAACCAUAGAAACCAUAUAUGAGUCACAGAAAUGCAAAUUAAUAGAGCAACCGUUAUUAAAUAAUUUCAUAUCAUCGUGUAUUGAUUUAAAUAAAGAUGACAAUACAGAUGAUUUAGAGAAUAUAAAUUUGAUAGAUCAAUUAUUCAAAUUUGCCACUAAAUCUUCAUAUAUCUUCUUAUUAAUAUGUGCAUUUCUGAAGGAAUUAUUAGUACAGUUAGAUCAUGCUCCUACAGUUGUGAAUUUUAUACAGUCAAUUUUAAAAAGCAUUAAGAAACAUUGUGAAAAGCAAAAUAAAGAUAUUGUAGACCUUUACCCAAGAAACAUGCAAUCCCUUGUAAUUUUACUACAAAUAGAACCUACACAUCACACAGAUGAUUCUAAAAAUGGAACAUUAAGGAUGCUAAAGGAUAUUUAUAUGGAAGAUGAAGAUACUGUAACAACUCUAUUAUCACACUAUCCGCUGUGGUUGAAGUUAUUUGGACAACUUUUGAGUCCAAGUGACGAGAUGAUGCAUUCAUAUAACGAGGAAUUGAAUCGUUUAUAGUAAUAAAUUGUAAUAAAUAUUGAAUUGUACAGAUCUGUUUUUAUAACUUGUUUUAAGCAAUGACAAAUGUAUUUGUAAUAUAAGACAAUAAAAGAAAAUCGAGAUUUGAAA